AUGGAUUCUCGAACUAUCUGUGCAGCCUUCUUCAUUUUAGGGACCAUAGUUGAUUUAGGUGGAACUUUGAUACCUUCAUUCCGACAGCAUGUCAUGAACUAUGGCAGUCGAGGGUUCACGCCAAAUCCCGAGAAAAGCACAUCCCUCCUCCAGAGCAAGACUACGCGUAUAUUCGAAUACGUUGGCUCUAUACAGGUUCCCCAUACUUGGUUCGCCCACUAUUAUAUCGUCUCCGUGGCCUCUUCCAUUUUCUGGGCGUUUCAAAUCAUCACACAUGGACCUGCUUUCAGAUUACUUGCCUCGUAUUCUCAACAAGAUGCGACAAAAUCAAUGACAGUUAAUCAGGUAACUUUGGCAUGGACACUCAUGGCUCUACAGGGUAGCCGGAGAGUGUAUGAGAGUCUUACGCUCACUAAACCUUCUCAGUCGAAGAUGUGGGUUGGACUUUGGGCUAUUGGAAUUGCGUAUUAUUUGUUCAUGGGAAUUUCGGUUUGGAUUGAAGGCAUUGUCAUACUUGAUGCGACCACAAAUCCACUGGGUUCGAUAGACAUCUCAAAGCCCUCUUUGAAGACUUGUGUGGCAGUACCUCUAUUUGUGAUUGCAUCUGUCUGUCAGCAUGACUGCCACAAGCACUUGGCAAGCUUGAAGAAGUAUACUCUUCCCUCAAACCCAUUCUUUCGCCACAUCGUUUGCCCUCAUUACACUAGCGAAUGCUUGCUGUAUAUUGCAAUUGCCAUUGCAGCCGCGCCUCAGGGACAGUUCCUGAACAGAACCAUAUUGGCAGGGUUGUGUUUUGUAAUAUCAAACCUUGGAGUGACUGCAGAUUCAACAAGGAAAUGGUAUGCCACAAAAUUCGGCGUAGAUAGUAGUUUGGUUUAG